AUGUCUUCCCAACAAAUUCCCAACGAACAAUCAGAGAUUCCCUCCAUUCCACCUGCGACCUCGCGAACCAACCCGAAGAUCCGCAUAGGCUUACAUUCUCUUCCUAUGGAGAUUCUAGGUCGAAUUGCCAAGGAGUCCAUGAAGGAAGAAGAGGCAGGUACAAAUCUUGGCAACAUCACACGCAACUUACCGAAGUUUAUCACAAGCUUGAAAUGUGGCGUGAACGAUCCAUGGCGUAUUGCUUAUAUCCAUACCCUAGAUGCUUGCAGCAGAGACUGGGUCUACUCCCUUCACUUUGGCAAUAAGUGGAAGCUACCGAUGGAUUCCGAAGAAGGUGGACUGGUCCGAAAUAUUGUCAUCAAAUAUUUACCUGAGAUCUGGGAAAAUCACCAUUCGCACUACUCGCCCUUUAGGCCCACCCAGACUGUCAAUAAUGCCUCCGAGGUUGAUGAAUCGGCGGGGCAGGUACCCAUUGUCAAAGACCUGAGGUUUUACUACUGGCAUCCGAUGCCAGAGGUAGUGAACUCGUCCUUAGACAACUUACCCAACGUUCGUUCCAUCCAACUAGAGUUCAAGACCUUCUGCGUUUCAUUCGGAGCAAAAUCCCUUGGCUUGUAUAGAACUUUUCAAAGCUUUCUGGGCGAUCAUAAAGAAUUCAAGCUCAAAUCCGCCACAAUUGAGCCAACGAGUAGAGUGCAAUGGCCAGAUAUGCAGCGAAUUGUGAUCCCGCAGGUCACCGUAAUGGCAGGCCAUGACGUCUGUUUUGAUCUCACAGACAAGGGAAUCUGGGUAUUGAAAGCUUUUACCACACAGACGGAUGCUAGAGCGGAGACUGUGCAUUUGGAUUUAGAAAACAAUAUGGAUUCAGAGACGCGUCUGAAUCUUUUCAACGUUGUCCAGGUGUUGCGUGGAUGCAAAUGGACGUGGGUACUUGAAAGAGAAGAGAAGAAGUUCAGCAGCUUAGAAAUAAAAGACUGA